AUGAUUUCUUCGGGCGACGGAGCGUCGGCUCGUGCGCCAGCCUGGAAGAGAUUGGGCCUGAAGCUCAAGCAGUCUUCCGCAGCCGAACCAGCAAAUGAAACCCUGCAGGUUGGGCAUCCAAGCAGUAGCAGGACCCAGCAGACACCGUCCAAGCGGAAGCCCGAAGCCCCGCCGGCGGGCGAACCUCUGUCGGCAUUGAAAAAGUCUCGGAACGACUCGCAUCCUGCAGCUUCUAACCCUCAGCUGAAGAAGAGAAAGUCGGUUUCGUUUGGGGAGACGCCCACAAAAAGUGGAAUCGAUGCCAAGGGGCCCGUCGACAAACCACCUCCCAAGAAAGCAAAAAUCCCUGGCAAGAAGAAGACUAAUCCCAAUGCUGCUGCCCCUUCGGAUAUCAAGCCUGCGCUCGAGUAUUUGAGCCAGUGGAAGUCUGCUCGGGCCUCGUGGAAGUUUAACAAGAACUACCAGACCAUCCUCAUCAAGCACGCAUUCGACCCCGUCCUCUUCCCUUCGGCCAAUAUUGAUACCUUUUAUCUAUAUAUCCGCGACCUCAAGGGCUUUGUUCGCACGAGACUACAAGAAACCGCAAUGGAAAUCCGAACCAAGGACAGCACAGAAGGAGCCGCAGGCUUCCCGGAAGGCUCAGUGAACCUCCCGGAGAAGCAGUUAAGAUACGACCAGCUGCUCGCGCAAUUGCUUCAUUCACAGGCGGGGCAGAAGAGGAAGACCUUCCAUGAGGCCGAAUACCGGACGUCGUCAGAGGAUGUCGACGAUGUAAUCAGGCGUGUGAUCAAGCGAAUGCGCGCAGAGCUGGUUCUGGACCAUUUGUCCGAGGGCGAGGAGUCGGAUGCCAGCCAUACCACCACGGCAACAACCUCUUCCGGAGUGAGCAUUGCCGAAAGCAACACGACCAAGGCUACCGAGGGUGAUAACCAGGUGAAAAUAAAGGAGGGGCCCAGCAAGCGCAAGAGAAAGCUGCGUACCACUGUGGACGACAGCAGCUCCUCGGAAUCAGAGAGCGACUCGGACGACAGCAGCAGCAGCUCUUCAGACGACUCUGAUUCUGAUUCAGACUCUGAUGAUGGCAAGGAGGCUGAUAAGGGCAACGAGUCUUCCAGCAGCGAAUCAUCAUCCUCUUCGUCUUCGUCUUCAUCAGAAGGCGAGUCUGACUCGGACGAUGAGAGCUCAGAUGAAGAGUAA